CCGCCUUCUGGGAUAAAAAGCGGCUGCGCUUCCGCUUGGGUCCUCUCCGACGACAACUAGAGCGAGUGGAAGCCACGGUACUCUCAGAGCCACUUAGUGAAGAAUCAUGGAGCGCACAUUCAUUGCCAUCAAGCCCGAUGGUGUGCAGAGGGGCAUCAUUGGAGAUAUCAUCAAGAGGUUUGAGAUGAAAGGCUUCAAACUUGUGGGCAUAAAGAUGCUCCAAGCCUCUGACGACCUCCUGAAGCAGCACUACGCUGACCUGAAGGAACGACCCUUCUUUCCUAUCCUCAUCAGCUACAUGAGCUCUGGUCCAGUGGUUGCCAUGGUGUGGGAAGGCAAGGAGGUGGUGAAGACUGGCAGAGUGAUGCUGGGUGAGACCAACCCUGCAGCAUCCUUGCCUGGAACCAUCAGAGGAGACUUCUGCAUCGACGUCACCAAGAACAUCAUCCACGGCAGUGACUCAGUGGCUAGUGCCAAUAAGGAGAUUUCCCUGUGGUUCACAGCCGAAGAGCUGGUCAGCUACACUAGCUGUGCGCACAGCUGGCUCUACUAAGCCUCUCUGGGUCCUGCUGCAGUCCUCACACUGGUUGGAGACCAGUGACAUCUCUGCCUCAGUUUCCUGUUUUUGCCUGUAGCCUAGAGGGGAGAACUGCUGUGAAGUUCAUGUCCCACAGUUGUCACAUUCCCUCCUGCCCAUCACUCAUCACCAUACUGUUCUUUGAUGUGGUCUCUGCAGAGGUCCAGUUCCAGUCCAGAUUCAUUCCUGAGCUCCAUUCCUUUUAGAAACAUUCCAUUCAUCCCUUGAAUGUACAGUUAAUGACUUGAAACAGUCUUUGACUGUCAGUUUUGUUAAACAGUGAUCUGCUUUCCAAUAAAAUACACACAAUACCAACCGUCUCUCCA